AUGCGGGCUGAUUCGGAGCUGAAUUCAUCAGAAACACUGGCAUACAGUCCAGUGAUAAAACGAUAUGUUUAUGAUCCGGGAACUCUGACACACAAGGAAUACAUCAUUAAAAUGCACAGAGAUGGAGAAGUGCCAGCCCAUGAAUAUUUGGACGUACAAAGCUUUGCUGCAACUUCGAGCCCCUUUGGUAAGCUUUAA